GGGCAGAGACACCAGGCGUCGGAUUCCCCUUUCCGCGAGAUAGGUCCUGAAGCGUUGUGACUGGUAUUCCAGUGCACCGUCUGACUGGAAACUCUUGAGUUUGGUUCCUGACUCUCGUUCGGCGAUUGGAAGCCAUGUGGUGAAGGCCUCGAAGGCUUGAUCGCGCGAUUUGAGAUUGAAGUGCCAGACGUAUCUGGUUGCGGCGUCGAUGAACGUGAUGACGUAGUUGAAGUCGGCUUCGGUGUCGUCUCGAGGCAUGUUUAGAAUAUCGCUGUAGACUUUUUCCAUCGGAGCGUAAGUGGGUGCGCUUGGAUUGUGAUGGGCUUGAAAAGGUUGAUGAGGAAGAUCUGCUUCGGGGCAUGUGAAACACCGUGCGCGUGGUCGUCGGAGUUCCUGGCCGUUCGUCGUCAGAAGGGCGUUGCGUUCUAACACCUCUGCUUGGAUUGUUUGAAGUAUCGUGCUGUUUGCAGGAUGUCCGAGACGUUGGUGCCAGAUGUCGUCGGGAGCGCGGUGGCCGGGCGAGCGGUGGUAGAUGUCGGCGUUGGAGAAGAACGCGACGACUGAGGCGGGACUUCGACAAGCUUCUCGUGUGGCGGGCAUAAGUUGGUCUGCUUCCGUUGGCGGUCCUCGUGUUGAUGGUGGUGGUACUCGGCUGGGUCCUGCUGCUGAUACUGCAGGUAUGGUGUUGGAGUGCCAGAAGCCGUCACUGUCGAAGUCGGGGUCAAGAUCCGGCGGGUGAGUCCAGGCGGCGAACGAUACGAUGCCAUCGCUGUCGGCAGUUCCGCGGUCGGGGACGAAGUCCAACACGAAGACACCGGACUUCAGGAGGGCACGACCGAUGAAGAGGCCGCCCUUCCCGUGGUAAAGCCGGAACUCGUUGGAGUAAGAGUCGCACUCCAGGUGAAUCCCCUUGGCCAUUAGUUGGCUUACGCUUAGUAGGUUGUAUCCCAGAUUAUCGACAAUGAGCACCUUGUUGAGUUGAAGUUUUCGUUGUUGGCGACGGUGAUGACGACGUCGCGGUUGAGUCGUUUCUCCUGUUGUACGAAGCGUCCCGAGGAGCACAUGUGUUGACCGCAGCAGCUGUCCAAGAACCAGGUGUUUCGCCCGGUGGGUUCGGCGUUGGCGACCGCAGCGUAUGUCGGGUUGACCUGAAGUCCUUGUGAGCGCGGCGGCGGGAAUUCCUCUUCGUCUGAUGUUGAAGAGCGCCUUGGGGAACUUGCUUGAGUGGAAGCAACUUGUGGGUCUGCUGCUCGGUAAACGCGAGGGCGGUUGCAGUUGACUUUGGAGUGUCCGGAAGUCUGGCAGUUGUGGCAGAACGGCGGCACGAUGAUCCAUCUCCUGUUGUUCAGCGUGAAG